AUGGAUGGAGAGAACAUUACUCAACCGCGAGCAUCGACUCGGUCGCGCAUUCCGCAAGUCGGUGGUUUGCGUGAGAUGAAUCCUGCCACAGCCAACUCUCGUUCGGGAAUCAUGCCACCUGGAACACUCGUUAAUAAGGCCCUUUCACCCACUCGAUCUAGGGCCAUCACGUCUCCCUCCCCAGAACCCAGGAAACAGCCUUCAAGUGUCCGCCCACCUUCUACCACGUCCAAGGCGCAUGCGCGGGGAAACUCGUUCGCAUCGUCCACCAUAUCUCGAUCGGGCUCCACAGCCACUCGCGGAACGACCCCCAACUUUUCGGCCACAGUUGGCUAUGGCGCGCGCGGCGCAUCUGCCAUGCCUCGCCCUGCGACCUCCUUCGGCGGCCGAAGGCUCAACAACUCUAUUCAGCGCCCGGCGACCUCCCUUGAUAGCCACGUCGAUGAUAGUGCCGGAAGUGUUCUUGGAAAACGAAAGGAUACAGAUUGGGACCAGGAUUCCCGCGAGAAGAAGAUGGACGAUAUGAUGGCGCAGGUCAUGUUGCGUCUCAAUCAACAGGGCCAUGAAGCUUCUGGUCUAAAAGAUACCGUUGAAAUUUACAAGUCGCGAAUUGGCGAACUUGAACGUUCUCGCGAUGGACUGACAGAUGUUAACGUUAAUUUGCGGGUUGAGAUGGAAUCACUAAAGAACCAGCUAGUGCUUGCGGAGAAGGCCUUGAACGAUGCGCGCCGAGAUCAAGAUAUUGCGAUGGAUGACCUGGAAGGUCGGCACCGCAUCGAAAUCGAAUCACUGAGCCAGGAAAAUAAGAAACACCAAAACACGCUGGUAGCGAGACAUCAGGACGAAAUCCGAGACUUGAAGCGCAAAUUCGAGGGCGAGAUCGAGGACGAGAAAGCCAAGCGCGUCCGAGACCUCGGCAACCUAACAACCCAAUCUGCAAUGGACGUUCAAAGGUCUCAGAUUGAACUCAAUAAUAAAGAGCGUGAAAUCGCUACUUUGCGAAGCGAGCUUGACGCCAUGAAGGCCGAUAUCGAUCGUGAACGAAAGACGGUCCACGACCUUCGACAGAACCUUGACACUGCCAGCAGCAAUGGUGUAACAUUGGAAUCAACAAUAAGAGCCCUUAAGGCCCGCAUUGAGUUCCUUGAAGGUGGACGCGAAGAGCAGUCUCAAGCUUUUGAGCGCUGCAACCAGGACAUGAUGGAUGCGCUGGCUGAAACUGACGCGAUCAAAGAGAAGCUGCGUAGGGAAGAAACACUACGUCGUAAGCUUCAUAACCAGGUGCAGGAACUCAAGGGCAAUAUUCGUGUUUUCUGUCGUGUUCGCCCUUCUCUCAACAGCGAACCUGCCACCAUGAUUGCACCAAUGCAGUACCCUGAUGAAUUUGAGGAUGCAAAGGAGAUCAGUGUCAUGGGACCUGAGGAGAAGAGCAGCCUUGGUACCAUUACACGCAAGAGUAACACUUUCUCCUUCGAUCGCGUGUUCGGCCCGUCUACCCAGAACGCCGAAGUAUUCGAUGAAAUCAGCCAGCUGGUGCAGAGUGCCCUAGAUGGUUACAACGUUUGUAUCUUUUGUUACGGUCAGACUGGCAGUGGUAAAACCCACACCAUGUCUUCACAGGACGGCAUGAUUCCUCGCGCUGUUCAUCAAAUCUAUGAAACUGCGCAGGGGCUGGAGGAGAAGGGCUGGCGGUACAGAAUGGAAGGCAACUUUGUCGAGGUUUACAACGAGAAUCUUAACGAUCUACUCGGAAACCCGGAUGAGUUGGAUAAGAAGAAGCAUGAAAUCCGCCACGAUAUGCAACGUGGCAAGACUAUCAUUACCGAUAUCACUACCGUUAAGCUGGACUCGCCUGAAAUGGUCGAGUCUAUCCUCCGAAGUGCAGAUGCCAACCGCUCAGUGGCUGCCACCAAAGCCAACGAGCGGUCAUCACGAUCGCACUCGGUUUUCAUUCUCAAGCUGACUGGCGAGAAUCAUAUCACUGGAGAGCGCAGUGAAGGCACUCUCAAUCUAGUCGAUCUGGCUGGAAGCGAACGCUUGAGCCAUAGCGGGGCCACUGGCGAACGCCUAAAGGAGACUCAAAACAUCAACCGCAGUCUCAGCUCCCUUGGUGAUGUGAUUGCUGCUCUUGGCCAAGGCAAGGAUGGUGGUCACAUCCCCUACCGCAACAGCAAGCUUACUUAUCUUCUUCAAUUCUCAUUGGGUGGGAACUCUAAGACACUUAUGUUUGUCAUGGCCAGCCCCUUGAAGGCUCAUUUGUCAGAGACCUUGACCAGCUUGAAGUUUGCCACCAAAGUACACAACACCCACAUCGGCACCGCGAAGCGCCAAGCGCGUGUCCGCGAUUCUUGA